CGCGAGCAGCAGGAUGCACCGACAGCUGCUACACUGAAAAACACCAAACACGGUUUUAUUGGCACUUUCAGCCAAACUGCAGCAACAUGCGUUACGGCCAGGCGCGCGUGCACGGAACCCGGUUAUUCCGCCGUGCGUGAAAGUAUCGAUUCUGCGCGUGGAAGACGGUUAUCGACGGUUAUCCUGUUGUGGACGGAGUUUUAAUACGAGGAAUGAAUCAUCAGCGUGAGAGUGGAGCAGCUGGAGGGAUGAGACAACACAGAGCAGAGACAUCGCUGCUGCUGCUAAGCUAACAGGCUAACCGACAGCAUGAAGAGCAACCAGUAAACUUUAUCAGCAGCUCGACUCAGUGACAAUAACACAAGAACGACUGUCAGACAACAUGGACUCACUGCUGGACUUUGAGGAGUGUGUCCAAGACUCACCUGACUUCAGAUUGAAGCUGGAGCUGCACGAGGCGGAUGUUUCUGUGCUGGAGACGCAACUAGACAAGGUGAUGAAACUGUGCAGCAAGAUGGUGGAGGCGGGACAAGCGUAUAACACAGCCAAUCAGCUGUUCCUGACCAGCCUUGCUGAACUCUCCACCUACCACAAGAAGGACAGCGUCAUCACUAACUGUCUGAACCAGUUCAACCAGGGCCUGCAGGAGAUGGUCAGCUUCCACACUAUGUUGUUGGAUCAGACUCAGAGAGCCAUCAGCCAUCAGCUGACCAACCUCUGUACACAGUUCCUGCCGCAGCUGGUGGAGACCAGGAAGGAGUUUGUUCGGAUCGGGGAGGAUCUGGAGACGGCGGCAGCGAAGAACGCUCAGGUAUCUCGCCACAAAGCCGGAGACGCCGAGCGGGCGAGUCACCUGCUGCUCGCCACACGCAAAUGUUACCAGCACUUCGCCCUGGACUACUGUCUGCAGCUCAACACGUUCAAGACGCAGCAGAGACUCGACGUCCUGAACUCAGUGUUCUCCUUCGUCCACGCUCAGUUCACCUUCUUCCACCAAGGCUUCGACCUGCUCAGGGACCUGGAGCCCACCAUGAAGACCAUGGCAGCACAGCUGUCUCAGUUAUCAACCGACUGUGCCGCUAAAAGAAAAGACCUGGAGAACACACACCUGCUGGUCCAGCAGAGGGAUGCUUCAGGCGAGCCGACGGUCAGUCCAGGUCCCGGCAGUGCUGACAUCAUCCAGGGUUACCUGUUCAAACGCAGCAGGAGGAAAUCCAAAACCUGGAAGAGGUGCUGGUUUUCCAUCCGGGACAACCAGCUCAUUUACAGGAAGUCACAUAAGGAGGAGAACACGGUUCUGUUUGAGGAUCUCAGACUGUGCGCUGUGAAAUCUCUGGAACACCUGGACCGCCGCUUCUGCUUCGAGCUGCUGUCUGUGCAGAAGGUCUGUGCUCUGCAGGCAGACUCUCAGCAGUUGAAGCAGUCCUGGCUCAGCGCUCUGCAGGGCAGCAUCGAUCUGGCCUACCGAGAGAGAGCCGACCCCCAGCUCCCACAGCCUAAAGAGCUCCCUCCCCCUCUGUGUGUCGGGGACUCGUCCCCGGGCCCCCCUGCUCAGAGGGCCCCUGCGCUGGGCGUGGCCCUCAGGGGCCCCGGGAACCACCGCUGCUGCGACUGUGGGGAGGCGGAGCCUCGCUGGGCCUCCAUCAACCUGGGAGUCACCAUGUGCAUCGAGUGCUCCGGCAUACACCGGAGCCUGGGAGUUCACCUGUCCAAGGUGAGAUCUCUCACUCUGGACUCAUGGGAGGCCGAACAGCUGAAGCUGCUGUGCGUUCUGGGAAAUAACGUCAUGAACCAGAUCUACGAGGCUCGCUGUUCAGAGGAAGGACGAGUCAAACCCAGAGCCGACAGCCUGCGAUCAGAGAAAGAGACGUGGAUCAAAGAGAAGUAUGUGGAGAAGAGGUUCGUGCAGAACAGCAGCUCAGACGGAGCUCGGCGUGAGAAGGACGACGCCGGGCUGCGUCUGUAUCAAGCGGCGUUGGCGGGAGACCUUGUUGCCAUGGUGGCAGCGUUGGCCCAGGGGGCGGAGGUCAACGGGAGUAUUGGCGAGGAGGAGGGACGCACCGCACUGAUAGGAGCUGCUGUUGGGGGGUCACUGUUGGCCUGUGAGUUCCUGCUGCUGAACGGCGCAAACAUCAACCACCGAGACCGGAGAGGUCAAGGAGCUCUGCACGCUGCUGCCACCGCUGGACACACCGGACAGGUGUGUUUGCUGUUGAAGAGAGGAGCCAAUCAGUACGCUGCAGACGAGAGAGGGCAGGACCCGUUGGCCAUCGCCGUGGAAACAGCACACGCUGAUAUCGUCACACUGUUGCGGAUGGCGAGGAUGAACGAGGAGAUGAGAGACUCGGAAGGCGUCUUUGGAGCUGUGGGAGACGACGAGACGUUUCAGGACAUCUUCCGGGACUUCAGCGACAUGGCGUCACAUGACCCGGAGAGGCUCAGCAGACGGCAGUUCAGCCGCGGAGGAGAUGAAGAGGAGGAGGAGGUGCAAGGAGGAGGAAGGGGAGGAGAAAUGGCAAACAACCAGCAGUGUUGAAAAGACUGAGACUGGAACCCCGUCGGAUUGCAAACCACUAGGUUACCACGGUAACAGUGCGGAUGGUCACUUUAACAUUUCAGUUGACUGACACAGUGUAGUCUAUUCUUUCUAACAGUGUAAGUACACAUUUAUUUUAUGUACAGUUACCUGAGUUACAUGUUACCUUGAGAAGGAGCUGCAGCUAAUGUUUGUUUCAUCGUCUUUUUAUCUGCAUUCGUUCGUCUGUUUGGUCUUUAAAAUGUCAGAAACGCUUCUUUUUCUUUGACUGUCCAGAAUUAAGUAAUUAAUUAGAAAACUCACUGAUCAGUGAGCUGUUGGUCAGUUUUGGACAGAGCCAGGCUAGUUUCCCUCUGAUUCUUAUCUUCAUGCUAAGCUAGGCUAACCACAAAUUGAAGCGAAUAAGUAUAUUACCUUAAAAGGUGAACUAGUCUUUUAUUCAAAUAGUAAUUAAAGCAAGAAAUAACAGUAAACACCUUAUUCGCACCUAUUAGCGUGCUAACUCUUGUUAGCAUGCUAAGUCAUUUAGCUGGUUAUACAACAGGAAAUGAAUACGGUUACUGUCAAAGCAAUGUUACCUGUCAACAGGUGUGAUGAUGUCAUGAAGCAAAGAGGUCACCUGUCACACCAAAACAGCUGUUCACUGAAACUACGCUCUAACGUACUGAAAUGAUGCAGGUCUGAGGUCACUUCCUGUCACCUGUAUUUACUGACAGGUGUGUUUGUCCAGGACGUCUGUGACCACUGAACCUGGUCCUGGUCCUGGUCCUGGACUGAUCUAUGCUGCCACAGUCAUGUUUUGCCGUUUUCUCGUGUUCACAAAGGGAUUUUAUUUGCAGCUGCCGUCUGACCUCAGUCUGAACGUCUCAAGGAUUUUACACUUUAUCAAGUUUUACAGCCACAGACGUAUUAAGCUCCUGAACGAGGACUGAAGUGGACCAGCAGAAUCCGACCCUGAAACAGCUGCUGGUUUAUUUAUUGAUAAUAUUGAUCUGUAGAGCCUCAGACCUGCUGAAAAGUUUUUUCUGUCCUGAGUUCAGUUACUUCCUGUUUUCAUUCCAGACUGUUACUGAUGUGAAGCUCCUGCUCAAUAAAACCUCCUCAU